ACAGCGAGAGAGCGCGCCAGGGUAGGGAGAGAGCGGUUGUGACUAAACCUCUGCGAAUUCAGUUUGUCUAUUAAAACUAUGGAUGCAUUGUGAGUGGCUUGUGGGCAACAGAAGCAUAUCUUUAUUUGGAAUUUGUUUCUUUUUUCGUCGCCAAUGCAAAAGGAAAUAUGCAGCGAAGCCUUACCUUGGUCUUUGUCAGUUUUUGUGUUGGGUUUUGCUCUGGUUCAAGUUUUCCAAGUAAUAUAAAUAUAGGGGGAUUGUUCCCAACGGGCUCCCACGAAUAUGAGGUUUUUCGGUUUGCACUCUCUCAUCACCAGGAUAUCCCCAAACUGGUACCACAAGUGGACAUGGUCGACACAGCAAGCAGCUUUGCUAUGACAUAUGCAUUUUGUUCACAGUUUUCCAAAGGAGUCUACGCCAUCAUCGGACUGUAUGACAGGAAGACCAUGAACAUGCUCAUGUCGUUCUGCGGGGCUCUCCACGUCUGCUUUGUGACACCCAGUUUCCCCAUAGAAACCAACAACCAGUUUGUGAUCCAGCUGAGACCGGAGCUCCAGGAGCCCCUGAUUGCCCUGAUCCAGCACUACAAAUGGACCAAGUUUGUCUACAUGUACAGCUCACAUUCAGGCCUGACAGUGCUGCAGAAGAUUCUGGACACGGCAGCAGAGAAGAUGUGGCAGGUGACAUCAGUGAACCUGGACAGCGGUAUGGAUCAGGCGGCCUUCCUGAAAGUGGUUCAGGACCUAGAGAAGAAGAAGGAAUACAACAUCAUCCUGGACUGUGAGCUGGAGAGACUCAACCUGAUACUCAACCUGAUUGCUGCUCAGAAGAAGAACCUCAAAAAUUACCACUACAUAUUGGCAAACCUGGGAUUUUUGGACAUGAACUUCACUGAGUUCCAGAAGAGUGGUGCCAACAUCACUGGGUUCCAACUAAUGAACUACUCAGACGGAAACGUGAACAAGGCCAUAGAGGAGUGGGUGGACUUUGACAGCAAAGACCUUAAGCUACCCAAGAGAAGACUGAAGUACACAGGAGCCCUCACAUACGACGGAGUGAGCGUCAUGGCAACCGCCUUUCAGAACCUCCGUAAGCAACGUAUUGACAUCUCCCGGCGAGGCAACGCUGGCGAGUGUCUGGCCAACCCACCAGCUCCCUGGGGCCAGGGUAUCGACAUCCAGAGAGCCCUUCAGCAGGUUCAAAUUGAGGGAUUGACUGGACAUGUCCAGUUUAACGAGAAAGGCCAUCGGACCAACUACACGGUCAGCGUCAUGGAGCUGAGCCCGAGUGGACCGCUGAAGGUGGGCUACUGGAAUGAGUAUGAGAACUAUGUGAACACAGCGGUAUACACGCCGGUGGUUGAAGAGUUCUUCGGACUGCAAAACAGGACCUACAUAGUGACCAGUAUCCUUGAAUCUCCAUAUGUGAUGCUGAAGAAGAAUCAUGAGCAGCUGGUGGGGAACGAUAAGUAUGAGGGCUAUUGUGUGGAGCUGGCCGCCGAGAUCGCCAAGCAUGUGGGCUAUACUUAUAAACUGGAGAUUGUAGGGGAUGGCAAGUACGGAGCCAGAGACGCUGAGUCCAAGAUGUGGAACGGGAUGGUGGGCGAGCUGGUUUAUGGGAAAGCAGACGUGGCAGUAGCCCCGUUGACCAUCACCCUGGUGAGAGAGGAGGUGAUCGACUUCUCCAAGCCCUUCAUGUCCCUGGGCAUCUCCAUCAUGAUCAAGAAGCCCACCAAGUCCAAACCUGGGGUCUUCUCCUUCCUCGACCCGCUGGCCUACGAGAUCUGGAUGUGCAUCGUGUUUGCCUACAUCGGUGUGAGCGUGGUUCUGUUCCUGGUCAGCCGCUUCAGCCCGUACGAGUGGCAGGGGGACGAUUCAGAGGGGGAGGAGGGUCAAGAGCAGCAGCAGAGACAGCAGCACAACCAGCAGUCGUCCUCCAGUCCCAGGAGAGAGCCAGGACAGUCCCAGUCCCAACCGGGCCAAAACCAGGGCCAAGGACAGGGCCAGGGCCAGAGCCAGAGUGAGGGGCACACCAAUGAGUUUGGGAUAUUCAACAGCCUGUGGUUCUCGCUGGGCGCCUUCAUGCAGCAGGGCUGUGAUAUCUCGCCAAGGUCCCUCUCUGGUCGCAUCGUGGGUGGUGUGUGGUGGUUCUUCACCCUCAUCAUCAUCUCGUCCUACACGGCCAACCUGGCUGCCUUCCUCACCGUAGAGAGGAUGGUGUCGCCCAUAGAGAGUGCUGAGGACCUGGCCAAGCAGACGGAGAUCGCCUAUGGUACCCUAGACGGAGGCUCCACCAAAGAGUUCUUCAGGAGAUCAAAAAUCGCAGUGUUUGAGAAGAUGUGGUCCUACAUGAAGUCUGCCGACCCGUCAGUGUUCGUGAAGACCACAGACGAGGGCGUGGUGCGGGUCAGGAAGUCCAAAGGGAGGUACGCCUACCUGCUGGAGUCCACCAUGAACGAGUACAUCGAGCAGAGGAAACCCUGUGACACCAUGAAGGUCGGGGGAAACCUGGACUCCAAGGGUUACGGAGUGGCCACGCCCAAGGGAUCAGCACUAAGAAACCCAGUAAACCUGGCAGUGUUAAAACUGAACGAGCAGGGCCUGUUGGACAAAUUGAAAAACAAAUGGUGGUACGACAAGGGCGAGUGCGGCAGCGGGGGAGGUGAUUCCAAGGACAAGACCAGUGCUCUGAGCCUCAGCAAUGUGGCUGGGGUGUUCUACAUCCUGAUUGGAGGGCUGGGGCUGGCAAUGCUUGUGGCCUUGGUCGAGUUCUGUUACAAGUCCAGGAUUGAGUCCAGGAGGAUGAAGCAAAUCAUCGAUGCGGCCAUGCUGAGUUCCACCCUGAGCCGGAUGACCAGGACAGGGAGCGGGGGCGAGAACGGACGGGUGGUCGCCCAUGACUUCCCCAAAGCGUCACAGACUAUCCCCUGCAUGAGCCAGGCCGCGGGCAUGUGACGGGGCAGCCCUUCCUCUGCCAGGACCCCACAAAAUAGAGGAAAAGAAAAGAGAGGAAGGGGCGAAGGUGUUGCACUGCGGCUGAACUACUGCCAAUAGGAUUCACUGACUGCUCACUCUGAAGAUGGAAACAACCCAACAAAAUCACUUUUCUAAACAGAUGGUUUAUUUGGAUCUCUUCUGCUGCAAUAAAGAAGGCUGUCUUGGACUUUGAUGGAAGGCAUACUUUUGUGUAUCUAAAAAAAGAGAAGCUCUUCCCCAACCCAAGAAUAGUGACACUUUUUGCACUAUGUCAAUUCAGUUUGUCCUGUCUACAAUUCAGUUAGUCCUGUCUACUACUAUCAUUAACAGUCAUGAACAGCUACAGUGGGGUCUGAAAUUAUUGAACCCCUUCAUAAAGAUGAGCAAUAAUGUAUAAAAUAAAU